AUGAAUAUCGGGAUAAUGACCAAAAUGAAAAGAGGUGUUGAAAUCGAUAUGAUGAUGCAGAUGAGCCGCUCGAGGUCGGCCUCAAGGUCCAGCCGCAGCAGCUCCGACUCGGACCCUCUUUCCGCCUCUUCGAACUCGCAGGACAGGACAGUGGCCGGCAACUCUCGGUCGAGGUCAACGUCUCGUGAGAGGAGCGUUGACAAGGGGAGCGGUAGAAGCUACAGCUCACCACUAGCUCCUCCGGUGCCGGAUAUCCGCAUUCCGAGAAGGGAUGAGUUUCGUUCAGCCAAAGACGAGGUACCAGCGCCUCCAGCAGUGCCGCAGAAGACACUCCGGGUAAGAGUGUCUAUUUCGGAGCAGGCACGACAGCGUUUCGACUCCUUCGCAGCAGGAAUGCCUUUGAGCCAUGCCGAGAGAUCUACCUUGCUUAGAGAGCUGCCGCUUGUUGCCUCUCCACUCGGGGAGGUACCAGCGAUCGACGAACAGCUCCCGCGAGACAACGACCGUGCCAUCCUCAUACGCGAACCAGAACUUCGCACUUUACACGAGACAUUGCUGAAUGUUCUCAACAUAGUGGAGCUGAUCCGAAAACUGGGCUCAGACGGACAAGGAAGCGCCUUCGCAGCCUCAGUGAUCGGAUAUAUCGAAAUACUGGACACCCUUGUAUCAGGGUCCCUGAUGGACCUAAUUAUACUUCGCAGAGAACGGUUCCUCAAAGCACUGGGAGUUGAACCGAGGAGAGCGAUGCCUUCGUAUCGCAGACUACCACUAGCGGGCUCAACUAUGGUGCAUCACGUGCGUCAGACACUGAUCCCGGACCUGUUCGGGAAGGAACUGCGCGAUGAAUUAGCCUCAGCAGACUCCGCCAUAACAAAAUCCUUGCAGAAACUGAGAGCACAGAGCGCCAAGAAGAGAAAGGCCACACCACCGCGUCACUCGAAGGACAGGUUGGUCUCUUCAGACGGUUCUAUCUCUCAUUUGUCGCUUGUUUCGAUUUCCGAUAGAGAGUCGGUUUGCAAGGGUAGCGCUGUAGCACUUAGUCCUCAUACUGGUCGCAUAGCGGGUAGGCUAGCCGACUUUCUAGAAGCAUGGGGGACGAUUUCGUCAGAUCCCUUCAUAUUAGAAACCAUAAAGGGGUACCGGAUUCCUUUUGGUAGUACUAAACCUUGCCUUUCACUUCCAUUGUGUCAAAUUCUAGCGACUCCCGCCAAUCUUGCGGACGAGUUAUCUUUACUUAGGAGAAAAGGGCGGUUAUAG